CCUGGCCCAGCCCCGGUGCGGCAGUGGCUCAUGGCGGCGGUGGGGCCCCCGCAGCAGCAGGUGCGGAUGGCCCGUCAGCAGGUCUGGGCGGCGCUCGAAGUGGCGCUCCGGGUGCCCUGCCUCUACAUCAUCGACGCCAUCUUCAACUCCUACUACGAUUCCAGCCAGAGCCGGUUCUGCAUCGCGCUCCAGGUCGUCCUCCGGCUCCUUGGUAUAUUUAUAUCCAGUAUUGUUCUCAUCUUGUCACAGCGAUCACUUUUCAAGUUUUACAUGUACAGCUCAGCUAUUCUACUAGCCGCAACUUCAGUGUUGGUAAAUUAUUAUGCUGCUCUGCACAUUGACUUCUAUGGCGCCUACAACACGUCAGCUUUUGGAAUCGAGCUGCUUCCUCGAAAAGGGCCUUCACUGUGGAUGGCACUGAUCGUUCUACAGCUGACAUUUGGAAUCGGAUACAUAACACUACUCCAGAUUCAUUCCAUCUAUUCACAGUUAAUUAUUUUGGAUCUCUUGGUUCCAGUAAUAGGCUUAAUCACAGAACUCCCAGUACACAUCAGAGAGAUGUUAGUUUUUAUUUCUUCUUUGAUUCUCACAUUAAAUACAGUGCUUGUAUUGGCAGUGAAACUCAAGUGGUUUUAUUAUUCCGCACGAUAUGUCUAUCUUUUGGUGAGGCACAUGUAUCGAAUUUAUGGAUUACAAUUACUGAUGGAGGACACGUGGAAGAGGAUUCGUUUCCCAGAUAUACUGCGAGUCUUUUGGCUAACAAGAAUUACAGCUCAGGCUACAGUGUUAGUAUACAUUUUAAGGAUGGCAAACGAAACUGAGUCCAUCUUUAUUUCUUGGGAUGAUUUCUGGGACCUCGUUUGCAAUCUGAUCAUCAGCGGAUGUGAUUCUACACUCACUGUCCUGGGCAUGAGUGCCGUCAUUUCCUCGGUUGCCCAUUAUUUGGGACUUGGAAUAUUGGCCUUUAUUGGAUCCACUGAAGACGACGACAGGCGGCUUGGCUUUGUAGCACCUGUUUUAUUUUUUAUUUUGGCUCUUCAGACUGGUUUAAGUGGUUUAAGGCCAGAAGAGAGACUUAUUCGCUUAAGUAGAAACAUGUGCCUUUUAUUAACUGCAGUCCUGCAUUUCAUCCACGGAAUGACAGACCCUGUGUUAAUGUCUCUCAGUGCCUCUCAUGUAUCAUCUUUUCGUAGACAUUUUCCUGUGCUCUUUGUCUCUGCUUGUCUGUUUAUUCUUCCUGUUUUACUUAGUUAUGUUCUUUGGCAUCAUUAUGCACUAAAUACAUGGUUGUUUGCAGUUACAGCCUUUUGUGUGGAACUCUGCUUAAAAGUAAUUGUUUCUCUCACUGUGUACACGUUAUUCAUGAUCGAUGGCUACUAUAACGUCCUCUGGGAAAAGCUUGAUGAUUACGUCUACUAUGUUCGUUCAACAGGCAAUAUUAUUGAGUUUAUAUUUGGAGUGGUAAUGUUUGGCAAUGGGGCUUAUACUAUGAUGUUUGAGUCAGGAAGUAAAAUUCGGGCUUGUAUGAUGUGCCUACAUGCAUAUUUUAACAUCUACUUGCAAGCAAAAAAUGGCUGGAAGACAUUUAUGAAUCGUAGGACUGCUGUUAAGAAAAUUAAUUCACUUCCUGAAAUAAAAGGGAGCAGCUUACAAGAAAUAGAUGAUGUGUGUGCAAUCUGCUAUCAUGAGUUUACAACAUCUGCUCGUAUCACACCAUGUAACCAUUAUUUCCACGCACUUUGCCUUCGGAAAUGGCUGUACAUUCAAGACACUUGUCCCAUGUGCCAUCAAAAGGUGUACAUUGAAGAUGAUAUCAAGGAUAGUUCCAAUACAGGUAACAGCAGCAGAUUUAUCGCAGCCAAUGAAAAUCCUGAGGAAGGUGCAGUGGAAGCUGCUGCGGACUCGGACAGGGAACUGAACGAAGAUGACAGUACAGACUGUGAUGAGGAUGUCCAAAGAGAAAGGAAUGGAGUGACUCAGCACGCUGGGCCAGCAGCUGACGAACUUAGGAAUGAUGAUACGGACUGAUUAAAAUAGCCUUUCCUAAUCAUUGAGGUAUUCGUUUAAAAUUCAGCUCACCCAGAAUGGAGUAAUACGCUUCACUUCAGUGUGUAACCAAGCACAAAAACAGUGUCAAUGUUGAAUCUGUGAAUGGUUUUCCGUUUACUGUGAUGUGCUACUGUAAAUAUACCUCUUUAAUUACUUCUGGUCUCUUUGGUGACCUGUUUAAAUUUGUGUACAUUAUUGUACAUAGAAUAAAAAUGUUUUCACAUGUUUUUAUGACAAAAUUUGAACAAACAGCUUUUUAAUAGAUGUAAUAAUAAUACGGUGCGUCAACUGUGCCAAAGAUUCCUGAAAGUAUAUAAGGUAUCUUAACUCUGGACCCUAGUUUUUCUUUAAAAUGGGCAGGAGAAUGAAAAUGCAAGUCAAAACAAACCACAUUAAAGUCAAAGAAAUAAAAUGAUUUGGACCAGAGGAUAAUGGCUCUACAUUGUUUUAAAACUAAGGAAAAAAUUAGCAUACCAGAGUUAACUGGGAAACUUCUUUGAAAUCUGAGAGUAGUAGCAGUGCACUUUUGCUCCCUUUGAAGUCAUGAUUCUGAGACUGUUUAAAGUUAAGAAACAGGCUAACAGCAACUAAACGUUGGUAUGAACCCGAAUGUGCUAAUUUCGAUGUAAAAGCAGCAUAUUUGCUAAUCAUUCUGUGUUUGAAGUGUUGGUAAAAUCCUCCUUUCAGACUUCUGAAGAGACUACAAAAUGAAAAUAGGUGGGGGGUUUCACUGGUUUAAACUAGGGCUUUGGGUGAUACAAAAAAUCCUGCUCCGAUUUUAUGGAUAUAAAUGAGAAAGAUGGUGUAUGGUGAUACAGCUUGCAGAUAAGUCCUUUAUUAAAGUUUUCAGCAAGUUCUACCAUGAGAUCUUACAUACAUUAUGGAAAAUGGAAGACAUCCAGUUACGUAUCAGGGAAAAAUAUUUUAAUGGUGUUGUUAUACAGAGUAUUGGCUAAUUCCAGUGGGUCCUCAUCUCUUACUGCUGACAUUAUCUCCAGUAUUUGACUAAAACAAACAAACAAACGGACAGUAAGAUUUCCAAGUACAUGUUCUCUUUUCAGGAUCUGUAAGCAGCAUCAUUUUCCACAUAAAGAUAAUGUACUAGUACCUUUAACACAACAAGCAAAGCUCAGUAAUUAAAACUUUCAGCAAUAUCACAAAGGUUUAACUACUGGUAGAAUAUUUAAAGUAACUAGGGACAAAUUUCUGGGACUGUCUUACAUACAACUAGUGCCAAGAACCAGGUUCAAUUAAAUUAUAAAACCAGCCGUCCAUGUAACGUGCAGCACAAUUACGAGCUUAACGCAGUGGAAAUGAAGAGUCCUUUUAAACUGGGUCACAGCGUAUUUAUUAGUGGGUCAUGAUGAGCAUUUAAAAAAUUUAAAUAAGAAAACAAAAAGUAUACCACACUUAGUAAGGCUAAGUCCUGUUUCAUUUUUGGCUUUUUGUGUGUGUGUAUUCUGAGGGUAGCAGUCAAAGUGUGACAGCUCCUGCUUAGAGAACCAGUCAUGUAGAGACAGCAGGAAGUUGCUGCAUGAUCACUAGCACAGUGACAGUAAAAGGAAGUUAUCUGCUUUGAAUAAGGUGGUAUGAUUUGGGGGAGGGGAGGGGUAAUGACAGAGAUGGGAAGGAGCGUACUACUGAUCCUAUACUGCUUUUCCCUGCAAGAGGACAGCCAGGUGGCCAUCUUCCAGUUUCUCUGCUUAGAAUGAUAAUUGGCAGUAGUGCUUCCUAGCAGUAUUAUAUAUAGGUAGAAUAUUUUUUAUGCAUGUGUUAGAAAAUUCUAAAGUCAGAAUUCAGCAUUUAAGUAUUCUUUGUCUUAUUAAGCUUUUUGUUCCCUUAAUGAGUAUCUUUAAUGUGAACACCUAAAGGAAUUAGAGAAGGAGAUUUCAGAUUAAGGAAUUCGGCACAAAAGCUUAUCUAACAUAUAACAUACUAAAUGAGCUGACUGUAGGAAAUCUUUCUUGGCAGUUAAGAUAUGCUGAAGGCAAAUCUAUUCACACUUAAAUGAGGACACUACAAGUCCAGCUCUCUUAGUAAACUGGAGAAUCUUCCUCUGUAUCAACUACUGGGAAUUGAAACUCGGAGUGCUGCUGAUAGUAGACCAUUUUGAAGCUCAUCACAGCUUUGCUAUAAAUAUAAAAGUCUACUAGAGUUCAGUAGAAUAUUCUGUUGUACUAAGUAUGAUAAUACAAAGUUUAUGGCAAUCUUAGAUCAACUUUCUGGAUUCAAGCUAUGUCCAUGUAUAUUCAGUAGCUUAAAAAGGUGCAGUCAUUCUAGAAAACAAAAUGAAGUCCAGUGUCCCUGAGAAUUCAAUGGUUUCUUUUGUUUAAGGUGACAUUUUUACAGUAGGCAGAGGUUUUAAAAGUCAUGCCAACAGUAAUCCCAUUGAAGCAUUCCUACAUGCAUACUACUGUGUAAGAGCUGUGAUUCCUGCCACCCAUCUGUUUUCUUUCAGCCCUUCCCCCAAAGCGAUGCCAGUUACAGCUUAAAAACAAAAAACAGCUACUUUCCUGCUUAAAAUCCUCUGGAUCCUGAUAAAAUCUCAACUACAAAGCUUGGCAUACAAAAUCCCUCACAAUCUGGCCUCACUCUGCCUCUCCAGACUCAUCUUCCUCCACUUACCCCUGGCAUCCUACUUUCUGCCACACUGUCAUUGUUCCCCGAUCAGUCAGGCCCUCUGGAGUCGGCCUUUGCUCAAGGUGAUUCUCCUUGUCUGGCCUGACUCCAUUCAGGCUUACAGAACCAGUGAAAUGCCACCUCAGUAAAGCUCUCCCAUUUCUCCUGUGUCCUAGGGUCCCUGUGGUAUACCUCUGUAACAGCACUAUAAUUAAUUUAUCUGUUGGCUCCAGAGGGGGCAGGGUCCGUGUCUGAUUUGUUAAAUGUCUUAUCUGUAGUGCCUGGCAGGAAGUAUCUACCCAUCUGGUGGAUGACGGAGGGCAGGGACUAUCAUGAUUCCUCAGUAGCCUCAGUAACUUGUACCUUUCCUGACAUGGCAGGAGCUCCAAAGUGUUUCAAGGAAUUUAUAAUCUAAAAGGGAGUGAAAACCUCUGAAUAAACAACGAUAACACAGAACUGCUAGUGGGAUGGAGCUUCAUAAAAAUGGCUUUGGUAAAUAGGAAUUCACUUGCUAAUUAGUAAUUAGCACUAGACUAGAGGCGUGUGCUUUUGAAAUGUGGCUUAAAGGUUUUCAGUUUGCAAAUGUACAUUUUCCCAAGCUCUACCUACUCAGUUAAAGAGUUGGUGUUCGUGAUGACAGCUGAUAGCCAAGCCUUUAUCGUUAAUAGUCUACAUUUAAAAGCACCUUGAAAUUUGGUCUUGAAAAUAGCUCAUUAACAUUUAUAAUUUUAUCUAAGAUUGAGGCAGUUUGGAAAACUGUCUUGGGGUAUACUGUUGGCAACUACUUCCUCUCAGCUGGCUGCUGGCAAAAUACUCGUCUGUCUCCAAAGAAUUUAUUCAAAAAUGCUGUUUCCUGGCUGGAUUUGCAAGAACCUACAUUUCAUAAAAAUUGCAAGCAGUUCUUUACUAACCAGAUUUUAAAAGCAUUCCUCCCCCUGAGUUUUAAAGCAUUCAGUUUAAAGUCUUUGCUAGCACCAGCAUGCUAAUAAAAGAAUCUUUCAAAAUAUAUUUACAGAACAAUCCUUCUCUUUUCUGUCUGCUGAAUUUUAGAUCUCUAACUUAAAAAAAAGAUUAAAAAAAAAAAAAGAUGGUGCAUAUAGAAGGAAUUAGUCUAGUCUAAAAGUAAUUCAGUAUUUUUAUAAAUGUGUUAUAAAUAUGCCCAAUUGUCUGAACUGGUAGACCAUACUAGAUGUGGUAUUUAGUCUAAAUAAUCUGCAACCAAAAAGAAAUUGGAUGAUGUGCCCAUUAAAAUGAUAUAACAAGCCUUUCCUGUAUGUGAUAAUGUUAACAGGCCCUUGUCAGAUGAGUAACAGGCCCUCUUUUCAUACGUGCUAUAUAAUUAAAAGGAAACCCUGGUGGCGUAGUGGUUAAGUGCUAUGGCUGCUAACCAAGAGGUCGGCAGUUCAAAUCUGCUAGGCGCUCCUUGCAAACUCUAUGGUGCAGUUCUACACUGUUCUGUAGGGUCGCUAUGAGUUGGCAUCGACUGGGUUUGGGUUGUUUUUUUUAUAUAAUUAAAAAGUAUUCUGAAUUACUGCCUUUAUAGAAACCAAAGUUCUGUACGGUUCUACCUUUUUUUGGUGUCUGGAAAAAGGGAUCCUCUCUCACUCAGACUGUUGCUCAGAAGCUUAAAGAAACAGGUAUUAUUUCUUAGUUUUAUUCAGGUUGUCAAAUCAUUUAAGAUACAGAUAACUCUUCACAAAAAAGUCUCCCGGUAAGGCUGCGUUUUUAUAAACAGCAGCAGGGAAAUAGCAGGACUUAGACCAGGUAAGGUGAUUUUGUGGGGAGCUUGAAGGACUUUUCCGUCUCCAACAAAAUGACAAAUGACCAAAAUCACUGGUUUCUCAAAGGGGCAAUAAAAUCACUUUGGGUUGAGACAAAAUCAAACCAAACCCAUUGCCCUCAAGUCGAUUCCGACUCUUUAUAGGACAGAGUAGAACUGCCCCAUAGGGUUUCCCAAGGAGCAGGCUGGUGGAUUUGAACUUCUGACCUUUUGGUUAAGAGCCGAGAUCUUAACCACUGCGCCACCACCGUUGAGAGGAGGGCAACAAAAUCACUUUGGGUUGAGAGGAUCUGAAAAGAGUGGCGCUAGAGCAGUUCAGGUGCAAAUCCCUUCAAAUCACUGCAUUAAAAUGGUGGUCUCUGGAACUUCAUUUAGAUUUCACAAAACAACACCAUACUAAUUCUGUCCCUUCGGUUCUUUUGUAAGUGGCAUGUGGUGGUUGAUUUUAAUGUUCACUAGUGUUUUUGAGGAAACCCUGGUGGCGUAGUGGUUAAGUGCUACAGCUGCUAACCAAAGGGUCGGCAGUUCGAAUCCGCCAGGCGCUCCUUGGAAACUCCAUGGGGCAGUUCUACUCUGUCCUAAAGGGUCGCUAUGAGUCGGAAUUGACUCGACAGCACUGGGUUUGAGUGUUUUUGAAGACCAUGAAAGCAAAAUACUUACAUUAUAUGGCAAGGUUCAUUUCUGUCUUUCAAGCAGUGCCCAUUUUCCCACUUCUUUUUGGUAGGAAAUGAAGUUUUUAUGUACUUUGAGCCGGCAUGUGUACUUUUGACUCCGCACCAGGGUGCAUCUAGAGUUAAGCAAAAAAAGUGUCUCCUGAAGGUUUGUUUACCUUUUUAAAUUAUUGCUUUGUUAAUGAAUAUUUCAAACUAAUAUAUAGCCUCUAAAGUAUAAGCCACUAUUCAGCUUCAGAAAAGGCAGAAUUAACGUAACAAAACAUUUUAAGAAAAGCAAACAUCUUGACUUGUAAAAAUCUCAGUGUUUUAUGACUCAUUUUUUUCUGCUAACAUUGGAUUAUAUCAUGCUUUAGAAAAAAAAAAACCUAAACUGGAAAGAAAUACAAUUUUAACAUGAAAACAUUUAUAUUUCUAUAUUGCCUCUAGUAAAUGUAAAACAGUGGCUUUGAAUACUGGAGUUAUUCACUUAUCUAUUUCUUUAAUAAGGAACUUAAUAGCUUACACAUUUUACAAGCAUUAUACUUUUAAUAAAAAUUUAAUUUUUUCCCUACACUUAUAUGAUUACAGUUUUAUUAUAGUAAAAAGGAUACAAAUGAAGAGAUGCAUAAGGUGAGGUCUGGGAGGGUUCCCAGUACAGAGCUUCCAUGUCCCCAAAACGGACAUGCUACCUGCCUACCUGUAUCGCAGCCUAUCACCAACCAGGAAGCUCCACAAAAUUUUCAUUUUCAUGACUACCAAGAAAAUAAUGAUUUCUCAGAAUGGCUCAGUCUACUAAAGUUCAUGAUACAAGGAUAAGGAAGCCUUGAGUUCCAGGAUUUAGAUAAUAUUUUUAGCUUCUAUCCUUGUUUUAUCUUAGGAGGCAACAGAUUAAUUUCUAAAAUUUUGUCAGCUGCUGUCAUUGGCCUACCACUCAUGACAAUCCUAUGCACGAUGGAACAAAACGCUGCCUGGUCCUGGACUAUCCCCAUGAUCGGUUGAAGAUCGGACCUUGUGAUCCACAGGGUCUUCGUUGGUUGCUUUAUGGAAGUAGAUUGCCAGGUCUUUCUUCCUAGGCUGUCUUAGUCUAGAAGCUCUGCUGAAACCUAUUCAGCAUCAUAGCCACAUGUAAUCUGCCACUGACAGAUGGGUGGUGGCUGUGUACAAGGUGCAUUGGCUUGGAAAUGAACCUCGGUCUCCCACA